UGUACUGUGUCCGCAGUCUCUGGUCAUCUCCUGUACUGUGUCCGCAGUCUCUGGUCAUCUCCUGUACUUCUCUGUACCUGUGUCCGCAGUCUCUGGUCAUCCCUGUACCGUGUCCGCAGUCUCUGGUCAUCCCUGUACGUGUCCGCAGUCUCUGGUCAUCCCUGUACUGUGUCCGCAGUCUCUGGUCAUCCCUGUACUAAACCAGUGUCUCUGAGGCAGCCCUACGCAGUCCGCAGUCUCUUUUUUCAUCCCCAAAAGCUGUACUGGUCAUUGCAGUGUUGGCACCUGGUAUUCCCUGUAUUAUUAUGUCUGCAG